GCAUUUAUCCCAUCUGUCCCUAACAUGCUUCUCUAUACUAGCUGUGGUUUCUGUUGGAGUGGGGAGCUAGACUUGUACUAAGAACCUAAUCUAGAGGGGAGAAGUCAGUCAGUUCUGAAUUUGAAUCAUAUAUUUGAAACUGGUGUUUGACUGCUCUGAAGAAGCUAAUUUAAUUUUGAAUCAUGGGAUUUUUUUUUUUUUAGUAGCAUAUGAAUUGCUGGAAAAGAGCAUACUGCAAUUACAACCCUACCUCAACUGACCACUGAAAAAGGUAGAAGUGACCCAUAGUGCAAGCUCAGUAGCCUGGAAAUUCCUAGCAAUCAGAGGAAAUAAAAUCACUGAGUUUCAUUCAGUGCAUGCAUCUCUCUCAGGCCAAUGCAGGCUGCUCUGUCAACUUUAGUGUUUGCUGUUACUCAUACAUGUUAUGAGACUUCUGUCAUCUCCAUUUCCCAUCUGCUCUGUUCUCCAGGUUUGUGUUCAUCAUGGGGACAUCAAUAGCAUUGGCACUGGGCUCUAUGCUGAGGUGGGGAAGUUCCAAGUGGAAGGUGCUUAGAAAAAUCCUCUGGAGGAGUUCUGUGCUAAUCCUGCUGGGAAUCAUAGUUGUGAAUCCCAAUUACUGCCUUGGACCUUUGUCCUGGGAUAAUCUGCGUAUUCCAGGGGUGCUCCAGAGGCUGGGAUUCACAUACCUGGUGGUUGCUGCUCUUGAACUCCUGUUUACAAGAGCUGAUACUAACACCCCUUUUCUCCAUCUCAUGCAGGAAAGACAAUGCCCUGCUCUGCAGGAUAUUCUCCCCUACUGGCCACAGUGGAUUUUCAUUCUGGUGCUAGAAACAAUUUGGCUCUGCCUGACCUUCUUGUUACCAGUGCCAGAUUGUCCCAGGGGCUAUCUUGGUCCUGGGGGCAUUGGGGACUUUGGAAGGUAUCCCAACUGCACUGGAGGAGCAGCUGGUUACAUUGACCGUUUGCUUCUUGGAGAAAAGCAUAUGUAUCAGCAUCCCUCUUCAGGUGUGACUUACCAAUCAACAAUGCCAUAUGAUCCUGAAGGGAUCCUGGGGACCAUAAAUAGCAUUGUUAUGGCAUUUUUGGGACUGCAGGCAGGAAAAAUUACUUUGUUCUACAAAGACCAGCCCAAACAAAUUAUGAGUCGGUUCAUCAUAUGGGGCAUAAUAAUGGGAAUUAUUUCUGCUAUCUUGACAAAAUGUUCUAAAGAAGAAGGAUUUAUUCCCAUAAACAAGAACUUAUGGUCAAUAUCAUAUGUGACAACCAUGAGCUGCUUUGCCUUCAUCCUCUUACUGUCAAUAUAUUACCUUGUGGAUGUCAAGAAAUGGUGGUCAGGUGCUCCAUUUUUAUACCCAGGAAUGAACUCAAUCCUGGUCUACAUUGGACACCAAGUGUUUGCAAACUACUUCCCUUUUAAGUGGAAGAUGCAAGAUAGUCAAUCCCAUGCAGAGCAUCUGACUCAAAACCUCACUGCAACAACUCUUUGGGUCAUAAUAUCAUAUAUACUUUACAGGAGAAGGAUAUUCUGGAAAAUCUGA